AUGAUGAACUCGAAUCCUCCCGCAACAGACAGCAACUCCUCGGAUGAAAACACCCUCCAACAUCAGGGUCACCAUCCACAGUCCACCACCACACUCGAGUGUCCAGCCAACCAAAUUCAUACACUCGAUCCACAAAAUCUAACCAAUUCCACCAACUCAACAAAGCAGAAGAAAACAAAGGGAAGCAAAAAACAGAUCAACGACAUGCUACCAACUGCUCCCGAAAAUCAAAAUCUUUCAUCAUCCUCUACAUCCACGAAUGAUAAUGACGAACGAAAGGAUGAUCACCAAUCUUCUGAAGAUUUUAAUCAGUUCCAAUUGGAUCAUCAUUUGACAUCAGGUAGUAGUAGUGGUAAAACAAGACCUUCAUCAUCAGAUAUAUCAUUAUUACCACUUAAAAAUGACAACCAUGGUGAUGAUAACAGCCAGUCGGAACAUUAUACACCCUUGUUUCCUCAUCUGGAAAAUCCAUAUUAUUGUCGAUUGGCUUCGAAAUUCUUAAUUCUUGAAAAGCAUGUCAUUCACGAAUCAGCAAGUGAAAUCAAACAAAUUUCACAUGAAAUUCAACAAGAUCCAUUGGACAUGUGGACCACACAAACAAACUCCGAAUUGGAAUGUCUUGAAAUGUUGGCGUUAGAAAUUAUUAAAUUCAAUGCCUUGUUGAAAUUGAGAAUGGAUGUAGCCAAAGAGAGACGUGAAAAGAUUGGACCAAGACGAUCGUUGCAAUAUUUACUCGUUUCCCGAACAGACGUGUACUUGAUGGAUGUUUGUGUGUUACUGUAUAAUGUAUUGCAAAGUCAUCGAUUUGAAGAAAAAUUGCAACACGAGUUAUUGGAACAUGUUCGAAAUGCCAUGAUUCAUGUCUAUUUUAACCUCGGAGAAUUAUGUUACUUUAUUUGGGAAGAAACGAAAUCCUCGAUUUGUUUGAAUCGAUGUAUGACAUUGUUAAAUGAAAAGAAACAACAAGCGAAUGGAAUUCUCUCCGAUCAAGAUCUUGCUCUGUUGCUGGAAUGUCUCAUUUAUGGCAUGGUUGACACUUUAAAUAAUCAAGCAGGAAGUGGUACAUCCGAUAUGGAAACCAAAUUUGUAAAACCCAUGCAAGAAUGCCUUUCAAAAUUUUGUCACGUCGAAAAUAUAGAUGAAUGGAUGAAUUCAAAAACGGUUCGAUGUGACAUGGCAACGAUUGCAAAAUGCAUUUUACAUACUCGAGUGAAUUGUAUGGAAUCUUUGGUCAAUUACAAGUAUGGACAUUCGAACGAUAUGGAAAAAUUUGUGAUCAAAGCCAUUCAAUUUGUGAACACUCAAUCGACAUUUGAUCGAUCACAUCUCGAAUUGCAACAAUAUUUUGAUAUGGAUGAGUUUUAUUGUCGACUCGGAGCCAUGUGUACUGGAAGAGGUCAAUUAUUUGACGCCGUCCAGAAUUACAACAAUUCCUUGAAAAUUCGAAGAAGAUUUUACAUUCGAUCUUUGGUCAACAAGUACAUUGCUAUCAGUAAUCAAGCCAUGGAGAGCGCUUCCUUACUCACACUUGCAGUGUAUUACAUUUUACUGUCACAAUGGGAAUGCUCGAAAUUUAAAAAAUUGACAGAACAGCAUUGGAGCGUGGAACCUUUUUACUUUUUAAAGUCUUCCUUGAUUAAUCCAGAAUUUGAAACGGAAAAAGUAUUUGGAGAAGAUGUUCAAGAUCCAUUGAGACUCAUUCAAGAACAAGAUUUGGAAGAACAUUUAGUUCGAAAGUGGUUAUGGAAUAUUGAAAAACUACUCGAACAGAAAAAACAGCAUGAACCUACGUUUAAGGAAUUGAUCGAAAAUGAAUUGAAAUUGAUGGACAAGUUGAAUGAAAUUGCACAAGAAGAGGCUUAUUUGAAUUUGUUUAUUCUCAAAAUCAUACAAUCUCCUCAUUAUGUGGAUGUUGAAAUUAAAACUGUCAUGGCAUGA